GUAUUGUGAUUUGUUGUUUGUGGACUUGAGUUCUCUAUGCUUGGCUUUCUCUAAUUUUGGUGUUUAUGUUGGGCUUUCUCUGAUUCGGGCCCAUUGCAACCACUCUCCUUCUUACAGGCCGUAUCCUGAAACCUUAAUAUCAUCCUCUUCAUCGUAGUAACAGGAGAUCAAGUAACGGAAUCACGAUUUAUGUUCAAUUCAUAAACACAACAUUUAAUCUCAGUAAAUUUUCUCCCCACUACUCCUCAAUUCACCAGAACCUUCGAUCUCUUCGGAUUCUUCAGGAUUUGGAUCCUAUAAAUAGGCGUUCAAGGCUUCAUGGUUAUCACAGAAUCUUUGAUUUUUUCUACUCAUAACUCCAACACAUACCGGGGUGAACAAUGGCUGCUCCCCAGAUCUCCCUUUCCGAGUUGAGGCCAGGACGUUGUGCUCGGAGUAACACGCCUCCGUCCCAAAUUGGAGGUCGUCUCUUUCUUAAUGCAACUUCUGGGUCACACUUCUACUUUGACGAUGAGGUGAUAGCAAGUCAAACUUUAUUCGAUGAGUUGUGUGCGACAAACGUAAGUGACUCCACCAGUGGUACCGAAUACGGUGGAGUCCAGAAGCUGGAGACAGUUUCAUUAGCGGAGUUGAACGCCUACGUUCUAACCUCACCCCACAAACAACGUGUUGAGAUGAUGGUGGCAAAUGGAGAAGAAUCGGCUGUCUUUGUUGCCUUCGACACAGCUAUCACUAAGCUCACCAAUGCCAGGGCCACAGAGGUUUCCAACCCUAUUGGUUAUGGUGAGCAAGACCCAGCAGAAUAUAACCUCCCUUACUUCCUCCAAGACAUUGUUCGGAAGAGCUACAUUUCAUCUCAAGCUUACAGAGUUAACUUUUCUUUCCUCCAUGAGUUAUUUACUGUCGCCCGAAUCUUUGACCCCAAUCAGAGAAACCCAGGGCCCUCCUUUGCACUGCAUGGUGAGGGCAACAAUCAUGGUGACAAUAUCUCUGGAGAAAAUUGUGCUUCUUGCAAGUACCAUGUCGGUGACUCCUUCUCAAAGGACACUCAUCUUCCUGAAGCUAAUGACCAGACCAUUGGACCUGCAAGUGCUGUGCAAGAAGCGUCAAACACCUACCAGGUGGAGUCCAAUAGUGAGAAUGUUGAUGAUCCACAGAGACCACC